AUGAAGAUGGACUCUGCGGCGGUACGCGUUCUCCGGACCCUGCUGGUGCUGAUGGUUUUACCCCCUGUUACCUCUGUGUCCUGCCCCCGGCCCUGCUCCUGCCCCCAGCCCACUGAGCUCCACUGCACCUUCCGCUCUCUCCUCACCAUCCCAGAUGCUGUACCGAAAUACGUGAAGCGCAUGAACCUGGGGUUCAACAGUAUUCAAAAGAUCACCGAUAAAUCACUGCUUGGUCUUCGGAAGUUGGAACUUCUGAUGGUUCAUGGAAACGAUAUCCAAACUCUGCAUGAUGGAGUGUUCAGGGACCUCGUGUCACUACAGAUGUUAAAGAUCAGCUACAACAAGCUGAAGGAGAUCAACAGACAUACCCUUCAGGGCCUGUGGUCUGUGUCCAGGUUGCAUCUAGACCACAAUCGACUGGAGUUCAUCCACCCUGAUGCCUUCCAGGGUCUUACCUCCUUGCGGCUGCUGCAGCUGGAAGGCAACCAGCUUCAGCAGCUGCAUCCAGCAACGUUCACCGCCUUCACUCUCAUGGGCCAGUUCCACGUGUCCACUCUGAGGCACCUCUACCUGUCGGACAACCUACUCACAUCGCUGCCGUCCGGGCUGGUGGCGACCAUGCCUCAGCUCGAGAACCUGUUCCUCCAUGGGAACCCGUGGACCUGUGACUGCAACAUGAACUGGCUCCAUGACUGGGAUAAAACCUCACCAGGUGUAUUGAAAUGUAAAAAGGACAAGGCCCUUCCUGGUGGUCAGCUGUGUCCUAUGUGUUUGUCUCCCAUGCACCUUGAGAAGAAAGAGCUCCUGGCUCUGGAGAACCUGGUCUGCAGCAGCCCAGUCAUCCGUGUUCCUCACAGGACUUCCCCACCCGAGGACACUGAAACCGAGGUCUUGACUACAGAGAACUUCAGGGAACCAUUUGGAAACGUCUCCCUGGGCCUUUCUGAUCAACAUGGAAAUGAGGUGGAUCUGGAGUGUUCCGUUGGCAUGCCAAGACAGAUUACCAGGAUCAACUGGGAGCAUGUCAACCAGCUCCAGCUGGCCUCCAAUAUCACUUUCUCAGUGGAUCUUGAAUGUCCUGUUGAUAGAGACAAGUAUGAGCGACUGUGGAGGCUGAUUGCUUACUACAGCAGUGUGCCAGCCCACUUAAAAAGGGGAAUCAUGCUCAGCAAAGAACCUCAUCCAACCUAUGUCUAUAGCCAGGACUCUGAGAAGGAUGCUCUCUACUAUACAGGCAUUAGAGUCAACGUCAUGGCCCAGCCGGGAUGGCUGAUGCAAGCAUCUGCUGAGCUUCAGCUGAACAGACUUCAAUCAUCAGCCAAGAAAGUCAAGCUGAUCUUCAGCACAGAUCUCUCAGAGAAAGUGGGAGUAGAGCAGUUGCAGAGACAAAAAAUGAAAUGGGUCUUAAUAGAGUCAACAAAUUCGACUCGUAAAGUGUUAAGUGCUAUCCUGGGAAGUCAAAAUCAAAUGUACUGUAAUGUGCACAGUUCUGGGCAAGCAGUAGUUCACUGGAUGCUACCAGAUGGCUCCAAAGUGAAGGCCCCAUACAGCAGCCCAGACAACAGGGUGUCUGUGUCCAAUAAUGGAAGGCUGGUCAUUCAAUCUGUCAGCCACACAGACACAGGAAUUUACUACUGCAUUGCUAAUGUUCAUGGAGACCUGGCUGUUCUGUCAUUUCAUCUGACAGUGCAGGAAUCUUCCAACCCUCCCCCCGGAGAGGAUUCCUCGCAUACACCCACGGAGGUAAUUGCAGGAAAGCCCUUAUCCCUACCUUGCAGGACAUCUGCCUCCCCUGAUGCUGAAAUUAACUGGAUUCUCCCAAGCAACACCAUCGUUCAUGGCCAAGACAAAUCCUCCAGAGCUUUGGUCUAUUCCAAUGGCACUCUACAUAUCCCACAGACUCAGUUAUUAGACAGUGGCUAUUAUAAAUGCAUUGCCAUUAAUCAACAUGGUGUGGAUACAGUGGCUGCAAAAGUUACCAUCAUCAGGCGCACUGGGCUCAUGAGGCCUUUGAGGAGGUUUCCAGCAAGACCUCAGUCCGCCUCCGGGGUCAACACAUACAUCCACCCAGAGGAGGCAUCAGGGGAGAUUGAGAUAAGUCAAGAAAUGUCCCCAGUUAUCCGACAAGAUAUUGUGAGAAGAAGAAUUCCAGCAGGUGUGGCCCCAGGGAGGAGGGGAAUCCAUCCAUCAAAGAAUAUUGGGCAAAGGCCACCAGUGUAUAGGAAACCAACAGAAGACAGGAAACAUGUAGUUGAGAGCAAGAGGAGAAUUAAUGUGUCAAAGAGUAAAAUAGACCCAGAGAAAUGGGCUGAUAUUUUGGCAAAGAUUAGAGACAGAAAUACUCUGAAUACUGUAACGUCUCCACCAGCUCAGUACACAACAGAGAGGAGUCAGAUAGAGCAAACAACACAGAGACAAGACAUGAUUGAAGGCUCAUCAGAUGGCAUGACUGUGCGGGAGAAAGAGAAGCAAGAUUACCUAACAACCCCAAAUAGUCCAGAACAUACACAAAUGGAAACUAAUGAACAAAACAGACAAAGUCAGGGAACCCAUGUCACUUCUAACAGUGAGCACGCACCCAUUAUACAUGCUACAACACAGCCACAGACAAUGCAGACCACACACAAUGAAUGGCGCACAACCCAUGACACAAACUUGGAUCAAUACAUAACUUCAGACACUGUAUUUUCAGUUUCACAGACUCCACCUGUUCCACUACACGACGCUGUCUGGCAGGUGAACACAAACAGUGCAAGCAGCAGCACAAUUUCUCCAAGAGAUAACGAUAGCACGGAUACAAAUGUUAAUGCGGUCGAAAUAGCUGAUUGGACCGACACAUCUGAGAGGAGUGAGAAUACGAAUAGACUGAAUGUUGUCGCCAGCUCUAAUGAUGGCAGAGAGCAUUCUUCCAGUGGAACUGAAAUCAUCUCUUCAGUCGAACGAAAUGAAUCAGAGACAAGCCAAGAAGAAAGUGGAAAAUAUCUUCGAGAGGCUACAACAAUAUCAGAAAAGUAUACACAGGCAGAGAACACAACACUUGAUGAUUUUCACUCUCAAGCAAUGCUUACAACAUCAUUUGUGACAACCACCCUUGUGCCCACCACUGCAAGUAGUUCAACUGCAGCACAGGUCCUGCGCCUCGACCAGCCUAACCAGCGGAGGAGGAAUGGGAAUCGGAGGAAAAGACCAAACAGAAGAAAACUAAAGCUGAAUGAACCCACCCAGUUUACUGCGACCACACCUGUGAAUGCUCCACAUGCAACAGUCAGGACGACUGCCUCCACACUGCUAAGUAUAGAACCAUUAGAAGUCACAAAAGCCAAAUUCAAUACCAGUGUUCCAUUCACCAGAGGCCAAGCAGCAUCAUCAGGAAAACUGAGUCAUAAAGAAAACCCAGUCUCCAGGCAUGACAUUGAGCCAGCCACCAAACCCUCCUCCCUGCCAACUUCUCUCCCCAAAACUAAGGACCCCCUUCAACCCCUGGCCAAACCACUAUUCAAAAGCACAUCAGCAGCACCAUCAUUUCCAGCAGCGUCUCCAGCAGUGGGUCAUGGAAAGACAAGUUCUCAGACAGCCUUGAGAGUCUCAGAGAAUGCAUCUCGAGAGCACUUUGAUAUGCUCACAUUAACCACUUUGCAGACAUUAACAGGCAGACCUUUUCCAACUUCUAGACUUUUAGAGACAGUUGGAGCAAGUAUAACAGGAGACCUUAGAAAUGUGCCAUUUUCUAACAAUUCCACUGUGGAUUUUCAGAAUGUAAGUGUGCAAACAGAUGCCAAACAAUACCCACCCAUUGAAAUUGAUAGUGGAAAGAUGCUUCUGACAGAAUCUGGGAUGCAUUUUUCAUUGCUGCCAUCUCUAACUGCCUCAUCCUCUCCCUUGAUUGAGCAAACAGUCAAGACAACAUCUGAAUACACUUCUAGUGACAUGACUACAACUCAGAGUUUGCUUUUUUAUGGUCAUUUUGAGACUGAAGGGGUUACCGAGCAGAAACCUAAACAGUCUGAGGGAUAUUAUAAUAGAGUCGGUCAACAUAACACCCCAAGCGGUGAAUCAGAGGUAGACACUGCAAAUAUUGAUGUUGUGAAUCCUUCUAUCGCAAGUACCACCAUAACAACAGCUCCCUCCACCACCACAUCAAGUCCUGAUCCUUUGAUCCCAUCCCAGGAGAUGUUACAUGCCACAACACCCAAAACAUAUUCCGAAGGAGUUAACGUAGGACCAAAGACCACUGCCCAGGAUGGCCCUAGGAUCACAGUCCAGCAAAUCAAACCUAUAAUUACCACAGAGCCUUGGGGAAUAUCAGACUACCAAUCUGCAACCCAGUCACCUGACCACAAAAUUACUUCCUUUGCCUCAAAAAUCACCAGUGGGCAAAUACAUAAACAGGCCACUCCUACCCCAGCAAUUCCUGCAAUCCAAACUAAUCAAUUUCGAGAGGAACUGUUGACAAAUACCCAGGAUGUGUCCAGUGCGCACCAGCUACCUGGAAGAGGAUCUAUUUCAAGAGGGAAGCCACAGAUAUCAGUGGGCAAUGUCCAAACGUUCACAGUGAAAGCUGAAACAGAUGCUCAACUUCCUUGUGAGGCUGAUGGAGAGCCAAAGCCGUUCCUGUCAUGGACUAAAGUUGCCAAUGGGGCAAGUAUUGCACAGAGCACCAGGGUUCACAGGUUUGAGGUCCAACCAAAUGGUACAUUAAUCAUCAAGAACACACAGCCCAUGGACGGGGGUCAGUACCUGUGCAAGGUCCAGAACCAGUAUGGUACAGACCAAAUGGUGGUCAACCUUGUGGUCCUGUCUCAGCAUCCUCGGAUGCUCCAGCCUCGGAACAGAGACAUGACAGUGCCUCUCGGUGGCAAAGUGGAUUUGGAGUGUGAAGUAGAGGGGCACCCUUUGCCUAAAGUCACAUGGUUGCUCCCUAACCAUGUUCGCCUAGCUGCUGCCUCAAUUGGUACGCCCCUCCCGCAGCGUGUGGCUGUUUUCGGUAAUGGAACCCUCCGGAUCAGCCAGGCCAGUUACACAGACGGAGGUAUUUACAAGUGCAUUGGCAGCAGUGCAGUUGGAACUGACAGUGUCUCUGUCCACCUUUAUGUGUCAGCAUUGCCACCAGUGAUUCAACAGACACCAAAUGAAAACCUCACCCUUCUAGAGGGCAGCAAUGCCUACAUCCACUGUACCGCCACAGGUGUCCCUCAACCUGUCAUUCACUGGAUCACGUCUGAUGGCGUACAAUUCACCGCUUCCCAGUCUCUCACUGGACACAACCCCUCGGUCUUUCCUAAUGGAACCCUCUACAUAAAGGGAUUGGGCCCGGGAGAUGCUGGGAGAUAUGAGUGCUCAGCCAGUAACGCAGUGGCAUCCAGCAAGAGAACUGUGAUCUUGAUGACCAAGAAGAAUCCAUCCUCUUCCAAGGCAAGUAUCAAUUCAUCAUCCCCCAAGAGAACAGAUGUGAUUUAUGGAAGAAAUUUGUUGCUCAACUGUGUGGCAACAGGAGAGCCGAAUCCCUGGAUCAUCUGGAGGACACCCUCUAAGAAGCUGGUGGAUUCACAGUACAGUUUUGACCCCAGGAUUAAGGUCUUCCCAAAUGGCACUAUAACCAUCCAUUCUGUGACCGACAAGGACAGUGGGGACUACCUGUGUAUGGCACGCAACAAGAUAGGUGAUGACUACAUUCUGCUGCGGGUCACUGUACUGACAAGGCCAGCCAAAAUUGAACAGAAGCAGCAGCGAUCCAGUCAGGAAGUGGUCUAUGGGGGAGCCUUGAAAGUGGACUGCGUGGCGUCUGGGCUCCCAAGCCCUGAGAUCAGCUGGGCACUGCCGGAUGGCACCAUGGUCAACCCGGUGAAACAGAGAGACCAUGUCAGGGGAGGACGCAGUCGCAGGUAUCUGGUGUUUGACAAUGGGACGCUGUAUUUCAAUGAUGUCGGCACGCCAGAGGAAGGGGACUACACCUGUUAUGCUGAGAACCAAGUUGGCAAAGAUGAGAUGAAGGUCAGAGUUAAGCUUAAGGUUGCAACUCCUCCACCACAAAUCCUGGAUAAAGAUCAAAAGUUUGUGCGGGUUUUCUAUGGUGAGUCCAUUUCACUGAGAUGUAAGGCCAAAGGUGAACCAAUGCCUGUCAUCACGUGGAUUUCCCCUACAAAUAGAGUGAUUGCCCCUGUAUUGGACAAAUAUCAGGUCCUGGAUGAUGGGACAUUGGUGGUUCAAAAGGUCCAACGUUUUGAUGGAGGUAACUACACCUGCAUGGCCAGGAACAAUGUAGGACAAGACCAUAAAGUCAUCAGGCUGGAAGUCCUAGUAACCCCUCCAACGAUCAAUGGUUUAAGAGAAACUGCCAGUGCUGUCAAGAUAACUGCUGUCCAGGAUCAGCGGAAACUGGUGGACUGUGUCGCAAAGGGAACACCUACCCCUCGCAUCAUGUGGGUUUUAACCGGGAACGUGAUCCUUCCUGCACCGUACUACAGCAACAGAAUGACAGUUCACCAGAAUGGCACGUUGGAAAUCCGGUCAAUCAAGAGGACCGACUCAGGGCAACUGGCUUGUAUCGCUCGGAACGAAGGAGGGGAGGUCAGACUGUUGGUGGAUUUGGAUGUGAGAGAGGUUGUUGAGAGGCCACAAAUUAGAGGUCCCAAAACACAUAGUCUCUCACUGACUGUGGGGAAUGCCAUGACUUUGAAUUGCUCCUUUGAGGGCUCAACACUCCCUCGUGUCACUUGGAUCUUACCCAAUGGCAUACCAUUGCUGAGUGGUGCUCGAUUCUCCAAGUUUUUCCAUCAGCCUGGUGGAUCUCUGAUCAUCAGUAAUCCAUCUGUUGGUGAAGCUGGUAUGUACCGCUGUCUGGGGCAUAAUACUGGAGGGCUUGUGGAACGAACUAUCACAUUGUCCCCGGGAAUAAAACCAGAGAUCCACAACAGAUACAACUCUCCUAUCAGCAUCAUGAACGGGGAAAUACUAUUGCUAGAUUGUCAAACCAGUGUCGAACCCAUCAGACUAACAUGGACACUACCCAGUGGGGUUGUCCUCAAUAGACCACAGAGAGCUGGACGAUACUCUGUACUGCCCAAUGGGACGCUUGCAAUCCUACAAGUAUCAGUCUAUGAUCGGGGGUCCUAUACAUGUCGGGCUGCAAAUGAGUAUGGAAGUUCUCAGCUUUCUGCAGCAGUAAGUGUGAUUACAUACCCACCUAAAAUUACAAAUGGCCCUCCGCCUGUGACCUAUGCUAAACGUGGAGUUGCUGUGCAGCUGAACUGUGUCGCAAAUGGGAUUCCGAAAGUGGAGCUUGCAUGGGAAACACCUGAUAAAACCCGCUUGGCCGUCAGUGCACAGCCACGCCUUUUUGGAAACAAGUACCUCCAUCCACAAGGUUCCCUCAUUAUUCAGAACCCCACACAAAAAGACACUGGUAUCUACCGCUGCACAGCCAGGAAUGCCAUUGGUAUAGACUCUAAAUCCACAUUUCUCAAUGUGUACUGA